ACCCCCCCCCCCCCCACCGGCAUCCACACUCCUUGUUAAUCUAACCGCCACUUGUUCAUUACAUUGCUUAGGGCUGGUAGUGAUCGUGCCAUUAACCCGGCGAUUCUUUUCGCUGUCGACUGUGGCUUGAGUGUCUUGUCCACAGUCGCCCACGGAUAUUUUUAAACUGGCCACUUAAUUUAUUCUUCGUUGUCCACCUUCCUGUAUGUCAUAGCGCAAAAGCGAAUAACCGCCGAAAGUGAGGUGACAUCAAUUGCUGUCUCGCUCACUGGUACACCUCGCCUUCCGCGCCGAUAAUCUCCGUUUUUUCUCUCCCUACUGUUCUUCUUUUUCCUUCUAGGCACCCAGUCCGGAGCCAUCUACCUCAUCACACCCAUUCGCGACAAGAUGCUCAGUCGUUUCCGCAUAGUUGAGAAGAACUUGGUGCAGUGUGUGGGCACUGUGGCUGGUCUCGUGCCGCGAUACUGCAGGUAG